AUGGGCAUGAAGAUGAAUAAGUGUGUGAACACAGACGAUCUGAGAGGUGGAGACUCAAGCUUCCUAUCAGAAGCAUCCCUGAGUCAUGUCUCGGAAGCAUCCCUGAGUCAUUUCUCCGAGACAUCCCUCAGUCGUGUCUCAGAAGCAUCCCUGAGCCAGGUCUCGGACACGCUUAGCUGUAGCGGCUUGAUGCUGAAUCUCACAGACGACAACGCGGUGGCGGUCUCUCGCAAUCGCAGCAUCCCGCCGAAGCAUGCACAUCUUCCACAACCAGGUCGGCCGGCAGAGGAUGCGUCGUCAUGGAGACGGUUCUUCGACCUCCCUCAGGUACAGCGCAGCAUCCAGAGGCGUCUCGCUGCUCGCGUAGCUGGCGCCACCGCGAUGGGCUCCAUACAGAGGCGCCCUCGUGUGGUGAUGGAUUACCUCCAGCGUGGCAAACCGACGAUGACGAUGAGGAGGAUGGGAAGACCGCAGGUGAUGCGCGGCUCGGAUGCUGGAGAAGAUGUACUCGUGAUGAAAUCCCAUGCGCCGGUAGCAGGGAUGCUGCUUGUUACGUCGAGCACUGCCAGGCCGGCUGCUCCAGUCAUACUGCCCUCUCGUACCAGUCUACAUCACUACCAGGUGGAUGGAGUGAACUGGCUAGCAGAACACUACCAUCGACAUCAUGGCAGUAUACUUGCAGAUGAAAUGGGUCUUGGUAAGACUGUGCAGACUGUCGCACUAUUUGUGUAUUUACGAGGAGAGAUCAAGACAAAGCCCUUCCUAGUGCUGUCACCACUCUCUGUUCUGUCUAACUGGCAGACAGAGCUAAAACGGUUUGCACCAAAGUUGGACCUUGAGUUGUAUGUAGGUGACAAAGAGAAGAGAGAAGUGCUACGUGACAGGUUGACAAAUGUAGACUAUGAGUAUGAUGUCCUGUUAACUACAUAUGAGCUAUUUCUAAGAGAUGCAGCGUUCUUCGUAAAGACGUCGUGGUCGGCCAUCGUAGUCGAUGAAGCUCAUCGUAUUAAGAACCAGGAAUCACUCCUGUAUGAAGCACUGACAAGUAUUGACAGCAAACACAGGGUGUUAUUGACUGGAACCCCGGUGCAAAACAAUCUAGCAGAACUAUACUCCCUCCUCCAUUUUGUUGCACCGAGAAUCUUCACGUCAUCUCAACGAAAGGAGUUUGUGGAUACGUAUGAAACCAUUCAGACUGAUGAAGAAUUGAGAAAGGAGAUGCACAGCCUACUACAGCCAUUUCUGCUGCGUAGAGUCAAAUCGGAAGUAAUGGCAGAUUUGCCAAAAAAAUCCGAAGUCAUCUUCUACCACGGUCUGGCAGUGCUACAAAAGACUAUCUACAAGGCAAUACUGACAAAAGACAUGGAGUGGCUGGGAAGCUUCUUUGCUCAGCAGGCUCGUCCAAAGAAGGUGAACAUCCAGAAUGUUCUCAUGCAGCUGCGCAAGUGUGUCAACCACCCGUACCUGUUUCCUGGUGUAGAGCCAGAGCCAUUUAUGAUGGGUGAGCAUCUAGUCGAGGCCAGUGCUAAGCUGUUUGCCCUUGACCAGCUUCUCCAUUUCCUAGGAGUCAAUGGACACAAGGUGUUACUCUUUUCUCAAAUGACCGCUAUGUUGGACAUUGUGCAGGAUUAUCUUGGUUACAGAGGCUACAGCUACGAGAGAUUAGAUGGAUCGGUGCGGGGCGAGGAACGUUUUCUGUCCAUCGAGAACUUUAACAAGCAAGACGACACGUUCAUCUUCUUGCUCAGCACUAAAGCUGGUGGAGUAGGGCUGAACCUGACUGCAGCUGAUACGGUAAUCUUCAUUGACUCUGAUUUUAAUCCACAAAAUGACCUCCAAGCUGCAGCGAGGGCACACAGGAUAGGCCAGACAAGCUGUACUGUCUGUAUGGCAGACAUGAUUCAGUUUGGCCUCAGCAACUUACUGGGCGAAUCGGGUGACAACGUCAACAGAGAAGUUACCUGUGAGGAGUUUGAAAGGAUCCUCGGAAAAACUGUGAAUAGCCGAUGGACUGAUAUAGGAAAAGACGAGGAGGACCUAUUAAAGAAAUCCACUUGUAUGGGAGAUAGCAUCUACUCAUUUGAAGGAAAGGACUACUCAAAGGAAACUUCUGCAGAUGACAGAAAGGCUUUCAAUCUGUUGCUACUAGAUGGAAAAGAAAACAUUGAUUCGGCGAUAGGACAAGAGAGAGGGUUGAGAAGCAGGAAUGCGCCAUCACCUCAAAUGUUUCUCCCUGAUCGUCCAAGUCUGCCAAGGAAGGUGCUUACAGAGGAGGAGACGGUAGAACGUGCGAAGAAGAGAGCUGACACAAUGAUGAGGAAGGCACAGGAGAGGGAAGCAGCCGAGGUCCAAAGAGCCCAGGAAACACGGAGAAAGCAGGAACAGCUGUGGACAGAGAACAACUACACCUCAUCAAACAUUUGUCUAGACGAUGGGCUCGAAGGAGAGGAGAGAGAGGAGGUAUCGUUGGACGACGAUGACAACGAGCUCCGAACACCAAUCUUAUACGUUUGUGGUGACGUCACCUAUCCGGCGCAUGCUGGAGAUGAGGAUGCGAUUGUAGUGCACUGUGCAGACGACUCUGGCAAGUGGGGCUCAGGAGGGCUAUUCUCAGCAAUAGCUGUACGAUCAGGGAAGGCAAUAGAGCAGUAUGAGCUCGCAGGUGAAAUGCAGGAUUUAGCUCUGGGUGAUGCGCACCUGGUCCCCUUGGAUGGCGAUGAGACGAGAGAGAAGGGGAGAGACUGGUUAGCAAUAAUCAUUGCCCAGCAUCGUAGUAAGGCGGGCAACUUGUCUGGUAUCAAGCUUGCUGCACUCAGUCAGGCACUCCAGCGUGUGUACAGAGCUGCAGUGUCCCAUGGUGCGAGCGUGCACCUGCCCCGCAUUGGGCAUGCCACGCCAAGCUUCAACUGGUAUGGAACAGAAAGGCUCAUUAAGAAGCACCUUGCCAACAGAGGCAUACCCACAUAUAUAUACUAUUAUGACAAGCAGAAAGCCAGAGCGAAGAGACAGCGACACGGUUCCUCUGAAUCAACCGAGGAGAACGCGAGUGGGAAAAAAAGUCGACUGGAUGACACAGUAGAUGACCCGGGAUCAGCUACAACGUCACGUGACGCGCACGAAUCCCGGAACAUCGCCGGGACAACGUCGCAGCACGCUGCCGGACAUUUUUCACCGGAACGAACGUGCAUUUCUUCUGCGGCCGUGACGCGACACUAGCUCGAUACGUCAUCGCGUACAACGCACCGUCAGCGACGACCUGCGCUCGACGUGACCCACGUCAUCGUCGCCGCCGACCGUGAGUCUCAAGUUGGGUCGAGACUGCGAGACGCUAUGAGUCACUGCGGUGGCGCGCCCGAAAGCGGUCGCGUCUCGCUGGCUGGAGGCGUGUGUGAAAGCUAAGACGGAUAGUCAGCACUGCUCCUAUAGACUCGACGAAUGAAGGCGAGAAAUUUCAAACGUCUGUGAGCGAUAUUCGGACCAUUUCGACGUCAGAAUGAAUCGUGUACUAUAAAACAUUAGGUUGGGGGGGGGGGCAGUGGGACCUUAAAAUUGUGAUGUAUUAUUGAUAAUUUCUUUUAUAAGGUCAUGUAAUGUUGGUACAGUACGACUGACUUCUGGGCUUUUACAUAACAGUGAAACUAUUCUGAGAGAAGCCUGCUGAGCUUGUAAAUAUAUGUAUGUAUAUUUUUUUUUCGUAUGUUCUAAAAAUAGGUUUUUAUUGAAGAAUUAAAAUGUCACACCAUCUCCCAGUAUACAUAAACGAAAUAUAGCCGACUGUGUACUUUU